UGGAGAGAUCGUAGUGAAGCCAGUCAGUCGGGGUUUAACUUUGUGUCAGUGAGGGUGAGACUGCCGCUUCCCCCCCUCACUUUUCCUCCUCCUCCUGUUCCUCCCUCCCUCUCCCACCCUCGUUAACUCGUUCCGCCCCUAAACACCUCAAGGAAUCGUCACCCCUCGCUACAAGGAAAAUGUCGCCACCGGUAGCGUGUCUGCUGCUGCUGCUUGUGGCCUCACUGAUGGGCGGCGUGAUGGGGCACGGGCGCCUCAUGGAUCCCCCUGCGCGCAACGCCAUGUGGCGGUUAGGCUACCCCAACCCCGUCAACUACAACGACAACGAACUCUACUGCGGCGGCUUCGUGGUGCACUAUCAGAAGAACGGCGGCAAGUGCGGGGUGUGUGGCGACGACUACAGGCACCCCGAGCCGCGGGACCACGAGGCGGGCGGCGCCUACGGGAACGGAAUCGUGACCAAGCGUUACGUGGCCGGCCAGGUGAUCGACAUCGAGGCGGAGCUGACCACCAACCACUGGGGCUACAUGGAGAUCCGCCUGUGUCCACAUAAUGAACCCCACCUGAUCAUCACCCAGGCCUGCCUCGACCAGCACGUGUUGCCCAUGGAGAAUACCAUCGAGACCAAGUUUGUGAUCCCGAAGGAAAGCAAGAAAUCGGAGAUCUUCAGGUGGCGAGUCAAGCUCCCGGACGGCAUCACCUGCACCAACUGUGUUCUGCAGUGGAAGUACUUCGCAGGUAACACGUGGGGGGUGGACGAGACCUCCGGCAGCGGCGCAGUGGGAUACGGUCCUCAGGAAACGUUCAUCAACUGCGCCGACAUCACCAUCAACACCAACGUGCCCACCGGCGCCGUGGUGGACAACCCGUGGCAGCUGUACUUCAGAGGCAGCUUCCCCGGCGUGAUGAGUAGCACCUCGAGCAAUAACGGCCUCACGCCACUGGUUGUCAGGACUCAGCUGUGCAUUCCCGUCGAUCACUUCGCCAGGGACCCCGCCAUGCAUGAGUGGUGCAUGCGCAACUGCCUCAAGUACCCGCCCAACUGUGACCCCAAUUACUGCCGCUGCGUACACGAGUGCGAGGCGGUUGGUGAGUUUAAGCUACAGAAGUUUGCAGACCACUAUUGCCACCAGGAGUGUCUCGGCUACCCCUCAAACUGCGAUCCGAAGAGGUGCCGCUGCUUCUGAACCACCGAAUGAACCAACUGCCGAACCACCUCCGUAUGGCCAUCUGGUGCUGCUUACUCUUCUUCUCCUCCGCCCCUUAACUGUUGUGUUUUAUCAAUAAUCUGGUGGUGGUGAUGAUGUGUCAAAGCUCACGUAAGUAUCUGUAGUUUGGAAGAUAAGUUGAUGAUUGGUUGAUUCUUGUUACAUCGUUCGAUCGUUACUGUUGUUUGAUUGUUGCUUGCAUUUAGUGUUAUUUCGUUGUAUUGUUGUUUGCAUGUUAGUUUGUUACGUCUCUAAUAAGGUAGUUUUAUUUAUCUGAUUGUUAAUUGUUUUAUUGUUGAUUGUUUGCGUCUAGCUAUUUAUUGAAUGUAUCCCUCGAUUUAUUUAUUCCAUGUUAUUUAUUGUACGUUAUGUAGGUGGCAGACACAUGACAUUUUAAAAUUAC